UUCAUUAGAAUUUGUGUUGUUCUAUAACCCAUUUCAUUUUCCAGUUAGGGCAGUUACCAUUUCACGAAAACCCUCUUCGCUGCCUCCUUCUAUGAUUCUCUCUCUAACCUUAACCCUUUCUUCUUCAAAUCUCUUCAUCUUCAAGCCCUGGAUAUCUCGAAGGCCCUCCCAGGAAGGUGGCUACUCUUGCUAAUUUGAAUUUCUAUAAGCCUCUUGCCGAAAAGGCGCUAACCUACUACAAUUCUAAAGAGUGCACAAAUUUGUUGCUGAAGGAGGUACUUGUUGUAGAUAGGCAGCACCAACCUGAAACAGUGGUGUGCAUGAAUUUCAUCGCUCGUUCUGAAGAUGAUUCCAAGCUGUUUUAUUUCUUUGCUAAACUUCAAGAUGGUCCGUAUCCUAAUUAUCAUGAUGUCAAGGAGAUGUGCUUCGAGGAAGAUUUUAAGAAGCCUCAACCUAGUGACUUUCAAGUCAAAGAGUUAUGUUCGUUGGAAACACAUGAUUCCGGUAAGUCUCUUUAUGUAGUUACAAUGUUGCUCUGAUUCUUCAUUCUACUACUUUUUUAACUGCUUAUGAGACAUGUUCUUGCAUUUCACUAUGUAGGGAACUGAAUGUAGUUUGUAUUCUCUUAAUUUUACCGUUUUUCUAGGUUGUUUGAGUUGUAGAUUACCUUUUGAUUUUCUCAUCUAGUUUUUUUAUCAUCGUUGAUUUUUAGUUUCAUAUUAUCUAAUUUUAUUUAGUUUUGAGUUAUUGAGCUAUAAUUGUACAAAAUUAUCCUCUAUAUUUUACGUGGAAGCGUGAAACUUGCUCUUUCUAAUUGAAAUCUGUAGGGAGUUUGUUCUUGGUGGUUUAUUUAGGAGGAAGAGAAAUGGAAGGAAAGUUAUUUCGGAGGGAAUGGAAGAGAAAUGGAUGGAGAUGAGUGUUUUUCCUCCGGAUCUUUCUGCCUUUGAAGGGAUUACAUCCUCUAAAUAUAGAACAUUUGUAAGCAAGGAAUAUUGUUCAUGAUGAACAAUACUUUGUACAUGUCAGCAAGUGCCUUUCCUUUAUCUUCUUCUCGCAUUCUCAUCUUUCCAUUUCUUCUUGACCAUUUCUCGCCAGUCGCCAUACUUGCCAUUUUGUAUAAGCGGGUCCCAUUCUCGCCAUUCUUGACAUUCUUUAACUCAGGUAAAGAUGAAAUGGUGUGCUUAGUCAUUCUCGCCAUUCUCUGUCAGAAGGUGCCAGUCUCACCUUUGGUAAGAGCUGCAGUCCUUCCAUCUAUCACUUGGCCAAGGCCUCAAGAAAAAUUGGAAUCAAUUCCUUGGUACGUCACUGUUUGUUCAUUUGUUAUGUUUUUAAUCAAUUAUCUAGCCAAAAUAGGCUCAUCAAAUGUGCAAGAACUUGUUAAGCUCUUUCUGUAGACGGUCUUUGCUUAAGCUUUUUCAUUAAGGCUGUUGUGAAUCAAGGGAACUUGUUACUCGUCCCAUGUUGAUUGUCAUCAUCGAUAUUUUUGUGAGAGAUUUUAAUUUCAAUUGUGGCAAUCAUUCUGGGACAUAGGAGUAGUUUGUUGACCAAAUAUGCAGGAACUAGGAACCGGGUUUUUUUGAGUAGCCAACAAUGCAUAAAAUAAAUUUAAUUCUUUUAAAAAUUAAAAUGAAAACUUUAACUUUGGUUCGGACCCAUACACUUUUUUAGAAAUUAAAAUUUUCCUAAACUUAUUUUGGGAAUUCUUUAAAAAAAAUUAAGGAAAAAAUUAUCUAUAAUAAUUCAACUUUUUUAUGAUUUUCUUGUAAUUAUCCAACCUAUUGAUUAACUAUGAACAAUCCCAAUUUUAGGGGUUUUUGUCUUAAGUAACCCGAAGACCUGCUAUAGUAUGCAAUUCACAAAAAUAGUAAACUAAAAAUUAAUUUAAUAUUAGAAAAUUUUUAAAAAUUUACAUACAAAAUUUUCUGAAUAAUAAAAAAAUCAUAAAAUUUUUAAAAUAUUUUUUUAACAUUUUUUUGAUAUUUUAUUUUAAUUUAUAUUUUUUUAUAAAAACCAAACUUGUUAUUGCAAGUCAUUUGGUUAUCGGGUUUACUUUACGAAUAUACUUUUUAAAGUUGACAUUAUUCAUGGUUAAUCAAUAGGUAGAUUAUUGUAGGAAAAUCAUGAAUAGAUUGGAUUUUUUCCAAAAAUUUAUGUCAAAAAGGGUAUGACUUUGGACUAAUGAAAAGAAAACUAAAUGUUUUUUGGUUUGACUUGGUUUUGAAUUUUGAUAGAAACUAAACCGUAAUGCAAACUUUCAUCCCUACGUCUCAUGAAACAAUUUUUUAUUAGGUUACCAAAUGUACACUUAUAGUAUUAAUACGAUUACUUGUAACCUUAAAAUAAUUAAUUAUAACUAUAGUGAGAUGGUCUUCUACAAAUUUAAUGUGAAAAAUAAUGGUGGUAUCAAUUUAAAUCAAUAUUUAAUUAGUAGUCAAUUUUGUAAUAAUUAUAUGAAUGAAUAUUGUUUGUUGCAGACAUAGAUUAAUUAGAUUUAUGAAUCCCUUUACAAGUAGGUUACGUUGCUGUGCAACUGUGCGAGGCCACGAUGUAAUUAAAGCUUGUAGGAGUACUAAAUACCUUAAUUGCUAUAAAAAUUUGAAAAGAAUAAGAAAAUUAAUAUAAAUAUAAAAAAUUCAAAAAAUAAUCAACUUUUAAACUUACUUUUCAAAAUAAGUACUUUUUUUCUGGAGCACAGGUUUGGGGUUAGAAGCUUGGUAAAAUAAGUCAAGGUCUUUGUUCACUUUUAGUAACAACGAACAAAGAUUUUUAUCAAGCAUUUUUGUUCGCUGUUAUUAACAACGAACAAUUACAAGGCUAAUUAUGUGCACUUUCUUGUUUCAAUUAUAAUUGUUAUUUUCUUGGGCCAUGUCAAUUUCACAAGGCUUAUUUUUAGAAUUUUAAUUAUUAGAUUUCCUAUUUUAUUUUCUAAAAAUUUGGGAAAGUUGAUAAUUAUGGGAUUAGAGGUGAUUUUAUUUAAUCAUAUAAAGUGACUUAAUGUUAAUUUUAAUUCUCUCCAAAAGAAUGCUAUUUUAAUUAAAAAACUAAAAUUAACUUUUCUAAUCUAUUUCCUAACAAUUUGGAAAAGUUGCUUAUUUUGAAUAUUAAAUUUAAAAGUUGCUUAUACUUUGAAUUUUUACAUUAAUUUGCUUAUUCUUUUUAGAUUUUCAAUUUCUAUUUCCCUUAUUUCUUCUCAUUUUAUUGCCUUGCAUACUUCUUAGUUGUUCUCUUGGGCCGUAACAAUUGUACGUACUAUUAAUUUACUCCCUUUUUAUCACGAACAUUAUAAUCUUUCAUCUUAAAAUAUUUUAUGUAGAUUUACAUAAUAUUAUAACAAUAGAACAAAUAAAAAUUUAUUCUGCUGUUGGAGUUUGUAUUAUGGAACUCAAAAAUCUCUUAAAUAUUCAAGUCUCAUAAUGCAAACAUAAAGAAACAGAAAAAGCAUUUCCUUUGUUUCACUAUAUUUAUUACAUUUGACUUUUUACGCAAUCGAAUGUGUUAUUUUGAUCAUUUAUAUAAUGAAGUAUAGACAUCUAAAAAUUGUAAAAGUUAAUAUCUAAAACUAUGCGAUUAGAUGAUUCAAAUAAGAUCUCACCCGACUAUAUUUUCUUACAUAUUAGCUGUAAUAAAUAAAAUAAAUUUAAACAAUAAAUAGUAUCAACAAUCGUAAUGUAGCGAGUAUUUCAGAAUGGAGAAAGUACACAUACAUGCAAAUGAAGGAGUAAUUCAUUUAGAGAAAGUAUUGCUUUUCAAAAUAAGGUUUGAAUUUCAUUAUCAUGUAAUUCUUCUCUUUUCUUAGCCGAUUAAAAUAAAAUAAAUAGAUAAACUAUGAAAGUAGAAUGUUAUAAGAUGUAAUUAAAUUAAAACUAAACAUACUAGAUAUUAAUUAAUAUUAAUAAUUAAUAUUAAUUUGAACAAAAUGUGGCUAAGGAUUUGACACUAUUUAUUUGAACAAAAUGUACUUUGGGCGUGUUCGGUUUAUGGCUUUUUGGCUAGCUUUUUGAUUGACUUUUAGCCUAUUGGUUGAGCAAAUCAAUUAUCUAUUAUCUAUUAUAUAUUAUCUAUUAUCUAUUAUUAAUAUUGGUAAUAUUAAUUAAUAUUAAUAAUUAAUGUUAAUAUUAUUAAUAUUAAUUUAAAUUAAUAUUGUUAAUAUUAAGGAAAAUUUACCCAAAAUAAUUCAAUUUAUUCACGAUCUUACUAUAAUAAUCCCAACUUAUCGAUUAAUCAUGAAUAAUCUCAUGUAUUGUGUCAAUCUACCCCAUCUCCUCCAUGUUUAGGGAUGCAGGCGGGACGGGUCUAAUAGGAGACCCGCCCCAUCCCCGCCCCGAUGGGUCCCGGUUUGAUGGGUCAUGGGGCGGGUACGGGUAUAAAAUUGAUACCCACCGCGGGGAUGGGGAUGGGUUUUAGGUGAUACCCGCCCCAUCCCUGCCCCGCCCCGCCCCGCCUCCCUAAAUUUAUUUUUAAAAAAAAAAUUUAAAAUUUCUGGAAACCUUGAAUUUAUUUUCAAAUUUUUGAAAAUUUUUUUAAAAACCCCAGUUUUUAUUUUUUUUAUUUUUAAAAAAAAAAUUCAGUAAUUUUUACCAAGAUUAACAUCCAUCGAUCACUGCACAGUUGUUUUUUCCGAUCUCUUUUUCCUGCCUUUUUUAUUCCACUAUGGUAAGUUGAUAUUGUGAUAGUUUAGUUCUUCUCAUGGAUGUUUUUAAGCACAGUUGUUCUUCCACGUUCUGCUCACUAAGUGGCACUUAUUGUAAUUCAUAUGUAGGUAUUGAAUUUCAAUAUGUUAUUAUAUUGUGCAAGUAAACACUGAUUAAUUUUUAGUUCUUCAAACACCCUUAAUAUAAUGAUCAAUUUUUACAUGAUUAAUUUUUACAUUGUUUCUGGAAUUUCAAUAUGUUAUUAUAUUGUGCAAGUAAAAUGGGUUUUAAGGCCCAAAUAAUUGAAUAUAAAUAUGUGAUACAGAUGGGUAUUAAGCGAGGAUUUGAUGGGUGGUGGGGCGGGUAAAAUGAGUAUUAGACGGGGAUGGAUACCUAGAUGGGUGGCGGGGCGGGGAUGGUAUUAGGUACAAACCCAUCGGGGCGGGGACGGGGAAAAAAAUUAUACCCGCCGCGGGGAUGGGGAUGGGGAUGGGGAUUGAUUUUCCAGAUGAGGAUGGGGAUGGUAAAGCCAAUACCCGCCCCGCCCCGUUUGCAUCCCUAUCCAUGUUUGUUUCUACUUCACAUUCCAUUGACGACACAACAGUGAGUGAAGAAGCCCAUCUCUUUUGAGCUCCCAUUUCUAGUGACUAUAAGUGCAGCUUCGCCAUUUCCAGUGACUAUAGCCAUCAAUGGUAAGUUUUCGAAUUUUGUAAAAUUAAAUUGAUGGGUUUCGAAUUUUCAUCUCCAAUUUAUUAUUCAUUCUAAGCAGUGAGUGAAGAAGCCCAUCUCUUUUGAGCUCCCAUUCUAGUGACUAUAAUCGCAGCUCCGUCAUUUUCAGUGACUAUAGCCAUCAAUGGUAAGUUUUCAAAUUUUGUAAAAUUAAAUUGAUGGGUUUCGAAUUUUCAUCUCCAAUUAUGCAUUCUAAAUUUUGUUCUUGAUUUGAUCUAUGCUAGGCUAGUCAGUGUGAUUCCUUUACAAUAAAAUGGUGGUUUGGUGGGGUGUUUAAAAAGACAAGGUUUGAAUUAGAGUAUGUGGGUGGUAUGUGUAAAUCCAUGAGCAUAGAACCUGACAAGUUAUCUUGGUUUGAACUUAAGGGAAUAGUUGAGGAAGAUAUUGGUUUCAAGUCUCCAUUUAGCUUAUACUACUUAGAUCCUAAGGCAAUGACUUUUGAGGAAGGGUUGAAGAAACUAAUCAAUGAUGUUUCUGUAAGUGAAAUGGGUAAUGUUGGUACUGACUUUAGGGCUGUAGAUGUAUAUGUUGUUGAUGUUAAAGAUGAUGACAAAUUGUCUGUGAAAAUGAAAAAAGAAUUUAGUAAUGUAGGUAAAGCAUAUGGCUUUGUAGGUGAAAGGAAGAAAUUAACACCUAGGAAAGCACAUAAAGAUACAUGUGAGGCAAGUUGCUUUCUUCAUAUCCCAACCCACCUAAUAUUUCAGAUAUUUGUAAUGAAUCUGAAAAUCAAAGUUGCUUUCUUCAUCCCAAACAGCCCCAUAAACUCACAACAUGAAAAGAAUUAUAAGCUAAUCCCCAUCGAACAAGGUUUAUCUGAAGAUGAGCUAGAUUUUACUUGUGAUUGGUAUGAGACUUGGCCUGGUAAAAUUGCAUCUGGUGAGAUAAAUGAGGGUUAUGAAGAAGCUUUUGAAGAUGAAGAUGAUAGCACAGAUUUAGACUAUAUCAUAUCAGAUGAGGAUGAAACUGAAGGAGAUGGGUCAAUUGAGCUUGUUUUGAGUGAGGACUUGUCAGUGGAGGAGGAUGAAGGUGUUGUUCAAUCAAAUUUGAAGAUUGGUGAGUGCUCUUUCAAUGAUAUUGUGUCUUAAUAUGAAAAUAGUGAUGAUGAAAUUGUCACACCUACUAUAGUAAAUGAUAAAACAGAUUUUAGGAGGUUUAAAUGGUGUGUUGGAAUUGUUUUUGGUAAUUCUCUUGAAUUUAGACAAGCUGUUACUAGAUAUGCUAUUGCUCAAGGGAGAAAUGUUAAAAUUUGUGCAAGUGACAAAAAAAGAUUGCAAAGAAUUGGAGUAAGAUGUGUUGAAGGGUGUCCAUUUAGGAUUUUUGCUAGUUGGGAUAGGAAGACGGCUUCAUGUGUUGUGAAAACAGUGGAUGGUCAACAUACUUGUCAAAGGAAUAUGGAUUCAAAUAGGCAAUUCAAGGCUUCUUGGUGUGCGGAAGAGUUACUUGAUCUGUUCAAAAGUAGACCACACAUAGCGUCAUCUGAAAUUAUAGACAUUGUGAGGAAGAAUUACAGGAUAAUUAUUACUAGGGUUUUGCAUAUAAGAUUAAAUAUGCUACUCACAGAAAGUUACAUGGUUCAAUGAAGCAACACUAUUCCAAGCUAAUGAGUUACAUGGAAGCAUUGAAAUAAAGUAGCCCAAAAAAGCCAUUUUACAAUUGUCACUGAUGGGAAUAUUGAUAGGUCGUUUAUGUACUACCAAACAAUUCCUGGUAUGCAACUAGUAUAGCAGCAGUUAGGGUCGAAUCCACAGGGAACAAUGUAGUAAGUGAUUAUUUUCCGGCUACCAAUUGAUCCUAGGUAACACACAAAUUUGGAGGAUAUAUGUCUAAACUAACUAAACAACUAGAGCGCAAACAAUUAAAUUAGAAAAGUAAAUCGAUGAUACUAAAACAUCCAGGGAUAAACUUCCCCACUAGCAUGAUAUGAUGACAAUGAGAUCCUACUACCCUUACAACAAUCAUAACCAAGUUCAAUAGGACGAAUACACCAUUAAGAAUACUAAUAACUCCUUUCGAAGACUAUUAGCUUCACUACCAUACUAUCAAACCUAUUUUCAUGGAAUCAAGUAUAGUAAUGACAUUGAGCACAAUAUUCUAUAAGAUCCAACAAUCAAAUCUAUCUAUUUUCAUGAAGAUUAUCAAGCCCUUGAUCUAAAAGGCCAUUCAUUCAACUCUAACUUUCGUUAACGAUGAAUAAAUUGUUAACUACAAUUUCCAAAGUUUCUAUUGAAAAACGUAAGUUAACUAGCAUAAGAGAUCAAGCAUGAACAAGGAUUGUGCAUAACAAAAAGGGAUUGGAACUCAAUAAUUCAUCAUCAAAAUCAUGGCUAGGGUUCCAUCUAACCUUAGAUUAAGAAACUACUCACACAUAUUAAAUGCAACAAAACAAGAAUUCAUUAAAGGAAACAUGAUUAAAAAUAAUAACAAGAAAAGGGAUAAAGAAAUAGUACUUGAAUUCGAAUACCAAAUGAUGAACGAAAGUAAAUGAAGUUACAAAGUUUCUUUCCCAAAGUGAAGAAUUAAAAGUAUCUAAAAAAAACAUAGAAAAUGUUAACUCCCCUUGUUUGGUUACAUUCCCCAUCAUUUAAUAAAAAACCGUGCGGAAAAAACGGUUAUUAAAGCAGGACCGGACCGGGUUUCAGCAAGACCGGACCGGGUUUCUGGAAGACCGGACCUGGUUUCUGAAGACCCGACCGGAUUUCCAGAAGACCGGACCGGGUCUGUGUGUUAAGAGUUUUCCAGAGAGUAGAAGUUGCAGGACCCGAACGGGUUUAAGCAAGACCCGACCGGGUCCUUGGGUUAAACAUAUUAGCAAGUGAUUUUAGACAACCCGGCCGGGUUUGAGCUGGACCCGACCGGGGCUUGUAAUCUUGUGCGAGACAUAUAUAUGCUAAUUGGAACAAAAGCUUCAAGGGUGAAGAGAUGAAGCUUUUAUUUUGGAGGUGUGCAAAAGCUUAUAAUGAAGCUGAUUUUAAUGACGGAAUCACAGAAAUGAAGAAAGUAAACCAUGUAAUUGCUAAAGCAUUUAACUUGGCUAAUCCUCGUUUAUUUUGUCGAGCUUUUGUGAAGGUUGAUACAAAGUGCGAUGUGAUAUUGAGUAACAUGGCCGAAACUUUUAACUAUUACAUCAUGCAUGCUAGAUCAAAACACUUGAUUGAUAUGCUUGAUGAUAUUUGAACAAUGAUAAUGAACAGGCUAACUACAAAGAGGGAGGAGUGUGCAAGCAAGUGGAGUGGAUUAUUAUGUCCAAAAGUACAAGUUAUAUUGGAUAAAGAGAAAGAAGAGGCAUCUAAUUGCACUGUUCUACCGUCUACUGCUACAGUAUUCCAAGUUGCUCAUCACAUUGACGUAUUAGAGGUGGACAUAGAAAGAAGAACAUGUACGUACAGGAAAUUAGAUCUUAAAGGGAUUCCUUGUUGUCAUGCUGUUGUCUCAAUUAGUUACCUACAUAAAGACGUCGAGUCAUUUGUGGAAGAAUGUUACACCAAAGCUGCAUACACAAGACUUAUACAGGUUGCAUAGCUCCUUGCAUUGGAGAACAUCAAUGGCCUAAAAUUGAUAUGUCCAUCGAUCCACCCCCAAUCAAAAUUGGUCCAGGAAGAUCAAGAAAGUCACGAAUCAAAAGUGCUCCUGAGGACCCAAAAAAACCAGGGAAACUCACAAGACAUGGCAUGCAGAUGAGUUGUACCAUUUGUAAAUUCACUGCACAUAAUAAACGAAAUUGUCCGGAAGAAUGAGAUGUGGUAAUGCUCUUCAUAGCAUGAGACAGAUGAAAAAAAGAAAAGAAAAACAGAGAUUCUUGAUGAAUUUUUCGGUUUUAAUGGAGGAUUUGGGGUAUGGGUUUUAAUGGAGGAAGGAAUUCAUGGUAAAAUGAUGAAGAAGUUGGGUUAAACAUAAGCUACAGCAACUUAACCGGAACAAUUGGUAAAAAUGGAUUCAACAGCACUCCGGGUAAAUUGAUACAAUACAUGAGAUUAUUCAUGGCUAAUCGAUUGUUGAGAUUAUUGUAGGAAAAUCGUGAAUAGGUUGGAUUAUUCUGGGUAGAUUUUUCUAAUAUUAAUAGAUGAAAUUCUUGUAUUCUAAUGUGUUAUGUUUUGCGCAUUGUAUAAGUAAUAGAUAGAAAUAAAAAAUAGGAAAAAUGGCGAGACGAGGACAAAUUACAAGAAAUUAGAAGAAUUAUAAACCCAUAUCAAAAUCAAAUCAAAUAAUAAAACAAACAACCAACCACAAUUACUGAAUUUGUUGGAUUAAAUGGCAGAACUUGAGAUGUGAAGGAAGAAACUGAAAGAGAAAAUGAAGAAAUGGGAAAAAUGAGAAAGAAAAUGAGAAAGGAAGAAACUAAGAGAGAACGUGAAGAAAUGGGAAAAUAAUAAAGAAAAUCAAAGUAGUUGAUGAAGUGGCAUACGACGUGGUAGUUCAGUAGCAAAAGAACUAUCCAUCAACUAAGGAUGAAUAGUGUUCAUCUUGUAAUAAUUCGCAUUUCAUUUUGCAUGACUCGGCCCGACCCGACCCGUUUCAUUUAAGUCCGACCCAACUUUUGCCAUGUUUUAUUGUCUACUAGGUUAUCAUAAUUAUAUUGAGACCAAUUGUUGAAAGAUGCAAAUAAUUAUAUUUAAUUUGAUUGUCUUACUUUAUAAAAUUAAUUUGAUUUGAGGGCAAAAUUUCAUACCAAUUUCACGCGAUUAGAGUUAGAGUUCAUGAUAAAAUGUUGCAUUUUGUGAGUUUUGUUUCACCUCUAUGUUUGUUUGGGGUUGACUUUCAAUUUGUUUGUGAGUUUUGCUACAUUAAUACAAUGUCAUUUUAGGGAUUUAGGGUUUUAGCUAAUAAAGCUUAAGUCUAAUAAUUAAAUAAUUUAUUUUUUUUCUUUCUUUAAAUUUCUUCUCUUUAAUCUAAUAUUUAAUUACUUAAAUCAACAGAUGUUAGGACCUUGGACAAACUGAUGUUUACAUAAUUACAUGAUGACUACAUGUGUCUUGUAAUGGAAAGUUUGUGUUGAAAGAUUACAAAUAUCUUAGAUUGACCAGCAACGCAAAAUAACACAAUUCUGCAAUAUAGAUCUAAAGCAAACGAUAAUCAUCCAUAACAAGACAAGUGUCUCAUACAUAUAAUGACUUUAAUAUUUUUCCAUGUCUCAAUUUAAUUAUGCUACCUAUUAUUAACUAUACACCUCCGGCCCUUGCAUCAUUUACCCUUUACACGCUUUUACAUUUUAAUAUUUUCAUUGCAUUAUUUUUAAUAAAAAUGUAUAAAACUACAUUAUUGCAUUUAAUAGUGUAACUUGGGGGACCGCGUGCCACUUUUCUUCUAUCUAAACAUAAUGUUAGUGUUUUAUCCAUGUAUAACCUUAAAAUUGUGAUUUAUUGUUUUUCUUGUCACAAACUAUAGAGAUGUCAGGAAAUAGGUGAUUAAAGUUGGUUCGCAUUGGAUGUUACUUCUAUUCUAUCGUUUGUACUUUAGCUCAAUUUUCGUGUGCAAAAUAUAUCUCAUCUUCGUAUUUAUAGCUUAACAGUUUACUACUUGCGUUAAUGUAAUGAAAAGUAUUCUAGUAGAAUAAUAUAAGAUAGUUUUAGUUGAGAUAAACUGCAAUGAGAAUGAAUAAAAUUUAGAGGAAUUUGCACUUGUCUUUCAUUUAGGAGCGAGUCAAAUAAUUCUAUGUUAAGUAACUUAGACUCAAAGUUUGCAUCAUUAAGUUUGAAUGUGUUAUAAACGAUGUCAAAUGCGAGAGUUCUAUUGGGUGCUCAGAAUCUGCAUAUUAAGUUCCAGAAUUUGAAGGGUAAAGGUUUGAAAAAGGAGCAUGAUGUCACAAACAUUUCUACUAAAGUGUGGAAGAGGCAACCAACUGCUUUUAAUGUUGACAAAGCAAUAAAAGAAAAAAAAGCUCUUUUAAUGGCGACGAUGGACCCCGAUGGCGGUGAUGUAGUUCAUGCAUCAAGGCCUCAAAAAAAAUUGAAAUCAAUUCCUUGCUUGGAUUAUCCUGGAGAUCAUUACCUUGAUCGUGAUCAAUUGUAUUGCACAAAUUUGUUGCUGAAGGAGGUACUUGUUGCAGAUAGGCAGCACCAACCUGUAACAGUGGUGUGCAUGAAUUUCAUCGCUCGUUCUGAAGAUGAUUCCAAGCUGUUUUAUUUCUUUGCUAAACUUCAAGAUGGUCCGUAUCCUAAUUAUCAUGAUGUCAAGGAGAUGUGCUUCGAGGAAGAUUUUAAGGAGCCUCAACCUAGUGACUUUCAAGUCAAAGAGUUAUGUUCGUUGGAAACACAUGAUUCCGGUAAGUCUCUUUAUGUAGUUACAAUGUUGCUCUGAUUCUUCAUUCUGACUCAUGUACCCAGUCGUAUUGUUGAUGAUCGGACAUUGGUAGACACUUAGGACACUUCAUUUUUAGGUGUGAAAUUGAAUAUUAUAGACAUGUUCGAUACUUCGAAACAUACCAGUAUCGGAGUCCGAGUAACAUAGUGUAGAAACGUAUACAUGAGUUUUCAGUGAAGUAUUUCCUGACAUUAGGAUUGAAUAGGAUAUAUUGAAGAAAUGAAAUCAGUCACAUGAACAUUCAUUUAUUAAAUUAAUACCAUGGAAUGUUUCGUGUCAAAUUGCUCAUGCAUUAUUGUGGUUAAUAUAUAAAGUACUUAUUACAUCAA